ACGUGUUGUGAUAAUAAAAAAUGGCUUCGUUUAGUUCAGUUCGCUUCCCGGCUGAAUACCUGACAGGUCGCGUUUUAAUGUGGAAUUUCCAGCAUAUCUGCCUACUUUGAAAAUAUCAAUGAGUUGAUUGCGCACACGUCCUCUAGGCUACCCUGUGGAUACUCUGAAGGUUUACACUCGUCCGAUGUUUCACGUUUUUUUUCUUUUUUUUUACCGAGAAAGAGCGGAUGCUUUAGCAUAGUCGCGGUGCACAUCGUUCGCAUUAGGCUGUCUAGAAUUCGGACUUAAUUAUGACUAGGCUACAUUUCGGAAGGUCGAGAAAGUGGUGAACUGUGAAAAAUAUUUUCUAUUUUAAAAUGAAUGUGAGUGGGUUCGAGGGCAAGGAGGAGCUCAAUAGCAGGGUGGAGAAACGCUUGGAAAGGGAGGGUGAUUUCGCCGCCUUAUCAACAACACAUCACUGACUGUGAACAACGCCGGGUCCCCUGACUCUGCGUGAGACUAUUUGAGGAUGUAUUCGAGGAAGGCGACUCCUCUGCUUUUUGGGUUUCUCGCCUGAAAUCGUUUUCUUUUCGGGAUUUUGGAACGCAGCGAAGUCAAGAGUAUUCGUGGAUGCUUAAUUUCAGUGACGUUAAAAGGCUUUCCCCCCCCCCAAAAAAAAACCAUGUCAAAGUGAAUAUGGCAGGCAUUCAGGUUACUCUGAUGCAAUUGAUGAAGCACGUUUGAGACCAGCUUCUGCUGGAGGAUGCAGGAUGAUUCCCGUUCCAAGAUUGAAGGGUCUGUUACAGCCUUGGGUCGUCGGGGGAGAGGCUCCCGCCUGGGUCGCCAGAAUCCCGCCCACUUCGGGGCUUUACGUGCUGGGUGCCACGCCCCCUCCGGUGCUUAUCUCCUCCUACGCGCCCCCGGUCCUGCUCGCUGCGUCUGGAUGGCAGCUCACCUGUGAACCGUUUCUGCCUUUGAUGCCAGUGCCGUUCAAACCAGAACCAGCUGUCCAUCAGUGGGAGUUGCACGCUCAAGCCCCUGACAGAAGCAUCCAAUCAGCAGCAGGCCUGGAUUUGGUCCCUGUGUUCCCGCGUGCUUAUGGCUCAGUGCUGCCCCCUGCUGUUGGGAAGCGUUGGGUCGAGAAGAGGAUCCCAGCCUACCAGGUUUACCUGAACGCGGCGCUCACCCUCGACCCGGCCUGGCCCUGUCCCGAGGAACCCGGAAUGUUCCUGGGGCACGGCGGCAAGCCGCUGCUGAUGACCAAUCAAGUGGCGGUGAACGUAUUCGGGCCGGCCCGGGCCUCCAGGAGAGUGCGCGCCCCCCCGCUGUCCUCUCAGCGUGUGGCAGGGUGUCCAGUUUCUAUCAAGCAGUUGGGAAGCAACAAGAGGAUCGGCCUGACAACAGUCGCCAUGGUAGGGAUGGAACCGGAGGUUUGCCACAGACUUCCGCCCUCCUCCACCCAGCCUUUCCACCUCCUCGUCCUGGCUCCCAUCAUGAGGCCCGUUUGGCCUCCACCUGGCUCAGAGAUAUUCUGUCCAGGCCUCAGGAGAUGGAGGGUCCACAGGAAAAGACCCCCCAGGUCCAGACAGGCCGGCCCGGUAGCAGCGAGAGAGGUCGCCACGGUAACCUCCCUUUGUCCACCGGCGGUGAAGUUCGUGGCCACCGACUGGGUCGGUCAAAAGGCGGCAGAUAGGAGUUCAGAGAUGCAGACGGGGCCGUGUGCAGGGAAAACGGACCUCUGUGAGGAGCAGAAGCCGGAGUCAGCUGCAAACGAUAACACGGAGAACCCUUUGGAGAUCUCCAGGGAGACCGACAGCAACCAGAAGGACAAGCGUCCGGUGGCGUCGACCCCUGUCCCCGGAUCACCCUGGUGUGUAGUGUGGACUGGAGACGACAGGGUCUUCUUCUUCAAUCCCACAAUGCAGCUGUCAGUUUGGGAAAAGCCCUUGGAUUUAAAAGGCCGCGGGGAUCUCAACAGGAUUAUCAAAGAUCCUCCACACAAACGCAAGAAGGAAGAAUCAACAGAAGAGGAGUCUGGCUCAACCCUGAUCGGCGAGGAGAGUGAGGAGUUAAUAAUCAAGCGGAACAGAAUGGACGAGCCUGCUGUGAAAUCGGACCAGCAGGAGGCAGAGGAGGACUUAAGUGCCAAAUUAUCGCCUGGUCGUACCACGCUCCCGUUAGAAGUGCGCAUCUCCCACUUCAGAGCCAUGCUGCUUGAAAGAGGGGUGUCAGCUUUUUCAACCUGGGAAAAAGAGUUGUACAAAAUUGUGUUCGACCCUCGAUAUCUUCUACUGAGCCCUGAAGAGAGAAAGCAGAUUUUUGAGCAGUUUGUCAAGAUGAGGAUGAAAGAGGAACAUAAAGAAAAAAAGAGCAAACAACUGCAGGCGAAAGAGGAAUUUCGCAAACUUCUUGAGGACUCCAGAAUUACAUCAAGGUCAACAUUUAAGGAGUUCUCUGAGAAGUAUGGCAGAGACCAGCGAUUCAAACGCGUUCAGAAAAAGAGCGAUCAGGAGCACCUCUUCAAUCAGUUCAUUGGCGUGCUGAAGAAGCGAGACAAAGAAAACAGACUAAGACUGAGAAAGAUGAGGUGAGAAGGCACACGACUGGUGAGCAAUUCUUCGUACUUCAUUAUGGAACUACAAAAAAAAAGAAAGAAAAAAGCAGUACCCAUGUAUAAUGAUCCGUGUGCAAACAGAGAAUGGUUCAUCAUCUUCUUCUUUUUAAGCCAUCGGUGUCUGAUUUAGUACAUCAGUGAUCAGAGAUUUAAUGUUUCAUAUUGAAGCUUUUCUGCAGUACUUCAGGUGUUCUGCUUGUGGUUAAAACUAAUGAAAUCAUGUGCUAAUUAGACUGAUGUAUGAAUGUGGAUUGUUGGUGUAUAUGCACUAUUGCACAAACAUAAAAGUGGUACAUAAAAGUAUUGAAAAGGGGCAUUGAAAAGAUAAGUGGGUAAAUAUCGUCAUAGAUUGGAAACCCAAUAAAAUAUUGUCCUCUCGUUAUAUUCAAAGAGUGAUUCAGCCACUUAUUUUAAAUUUGCAUCUUGCACUAGCACAGAGUUCAAAUAAAUGAAUAAAUAAAUAUUUCGAAUAAAUAUAUAAGCACUUAUAAGUUACAUGAGUAUAUUAAUACCAGGGCCAGGCAAGUGAACAAGCCAGAAUUUCUGCAUCCUGUAGUUCUCUCUUCACAGCACAACAAGGUCAGUGAAGUUACUUCUUAAGCCCCUUGUUUAUAAAUUGGCCAACAGCAGAUCAUCAAUCCAUAUUAACCAUAUAAAUCACACAAGAUACGCACGCUGACCUUGGAGCAAAUGAGCGCCGACACUAAUUUUCCUAGAUGUCACCGGCGUGUCGAUGCAUCACUUUGACUCCCGCCUCGUGAGAUUGACUCGCGCCGCGAGCGUUGUCUUAUUAAUCCUCCGCGGUGUCUUCGGCCGCGCCUGCGGUGAUUCAUCCAGAAGUUUCUGAGAUCGGCGUGCCGAAGUUACGGCGAGGCGUUGAGGAGGAGGGGCGAAACAGCAGUCACACCAAACACCUGCGAGGAACGUCCAGCGAUCCUCACUACAAAAUAAAUACUUGUCCUCGCUUUAUAGGCAUUUAUUCAAAUAAAUUUGUUUCGUCCACUGAGAAAACUGUUUUUCAGUCAAUCGCACUCACUCACUGCACAGUGGAUCUGUGACAAACACACUAGUAUAUUCCUAGUCCAUAAGUAUUUGGACAGCGACACAAUUUUUGUUGGUUUGGUUUCAUACUCCAAAACAUUCUAAAUGAAACAAAAUGUUUUUUUAAAGUACAGAUUGCCAGCUUUACUUUCAGGGUAUUUGCACCUACAUUGGGUGAGCCAUGUAGGACUUACAGCCCCUUUUAUACAUAGCCACCCCCCCCCCCCCCCGCCCCCCAUUUUAGGGGAGAAGAAGUAAUUGGACAUUUUUACAUACAGUAUCUUAGAUGAAGUCAUCAUUUUUAGUAAAUUGCUUGCAAAACAUUGCAUUUCAUGAUUGCCUGAAGUCUGCAACCAAUAGACAUCAGCAGACACCGAGUAUCUUCUCUGCCAGGCCUGUAUUGCAGCUAUCUUCAGUUCCUGUUUGUUUCAGGGGAUUUUUGCCUUCAGUCUUGUCUGCAGCAAGUGAAGCGUGUGUUUCUUUGGAUUCAGGCCAGGUGCUUGACUUGGCCAGUAAAGAACAUUCCACUUUUUGGCCCUGAAACUCUCCUUGGUUGUUUUAGCAGUAUGUUUGUUCCAGACCGCCACAGUUUUCUUUCUUAAUUUACAUGUAACAAACUCUAACCUGGUCAUUCUGUUCUUUGUUCUGGCUUACCAGUGGAUUGCAUCUUGCAGUGAACCCUCUGAGAUUAUAUUGGUGUGGUCUUCUCUUUAUUAUCUUUGACACAUCUAUGUCUACACCCUGGAGCUGACAGUCGAAAUUCAAGCUGACAUUCUGUGCUUUAACCUCACAUUCAUUGUUUCAUUUCAAAUCCAAUGUGCUGGAGUACACAGCCGACAAAAAUUGUGUCACUGUCCAAACAUUUACAGACUACACUAUAUAUAUAUAUAUAUACUCAC